AUGUCAAUGACGCUCAUCUACAGUAAUCGGGUCGUGUUCGGGUUCACGGUGAUCUGUCAAACUGGAAAUAAUUCAAGCGGCGUUCGAGACGACAUUAGUCCAGACUAUUACCUUUUGAACACACUGAAUGUGGCUUGGAUGUUCACGUCGACAGCAAUCGGCAUGUGCCUCGGACCCCUUCCAUUCUACAUUUUCAAAAAUCACAACACCCGUGCUUUAAUAUUCGUCUAUGGAAUCGUUUCAUCGAUGAGCUCGCUCGCCUACCCACUAGCCGAUCAUCUCGGAUUUUGGCCGGCGUUUGUGUGUAGGUUUUUUGCGGGAUUCGCUCAAGCCAGCCAACUGCAAUUCACCAAUGAUAUUGUACUUCGUUGGGCGCCGCAAUCGGAAUCCUCGUUUUUCUUCUCAAUUAUGCUUUCGACAUCGCAAAUUGGCCCACUAAUUACGAUGAUUCUUGGUGGAGAAAUGUGCUCGUCGUCGCUGUUUGGCUGGAAAGCAACGUAUUAUGUGCUGGGCACGCUGACCUUCAUAUUAUCCACCGCAUUGGCAUAUUUCUAUUCGGAUUCUGUCGAGGACAACAAGCAUCUCAACGAAAAUGAAAAGAAAUACAUUUUGAGUGGAAAACACGAAAUGAAGCACAAGGAAAGUGUGCCGUAUAAAAAAAUGUUCGCUGACACAACGAUAUGGAUCAAUAUAAUAAUGUUUGUCGGCUAUUAUCUCGCAAUGAUCGUUUAUCAACAAUAUUCGCCGACGAUCAUCCGACGGGUGCUCGAUUUUAGUAUUCGCGAGGCCGGCUAUUUUUCGGCGAUUCCCCAAUUGAUCGCGAUUCUCAUCAAAGUUGUUGGCGGCCGAUUGCUGGAUUGCAAUUUUGGCGUCUCGCAAAAAGUCAUGCUCGCCGUGCCGUUGGUGUUUCUCGAAACGCUCAGCGCGAUUGCGUUAUUUCUCACCGGAUUUGUCGAUGAUCGGGUUCUCUCAUUGGUCGCGAUGUUGGUCUUCGCGUCACUUCAUUUCUUCGUGCCAGUGAUUUGCAGUCGUACCAUUCAAAUCCGCGCUGCCCAACACGCUCAUUUCGCUCUCAAUUUCAUUGUGAUCAUCGCCGGAAUUUCGCAAAUUGUCAUCCCGUUGGGUGUUCAAGCGGCGGCGCCGGAAAACAGCAGGGAGCAGUGGUCGCGCAUUUUCUACUUUCUCGCCAUCACCGUGGUCCUCACAAUUUUGAUGUACAUGGCGUUCACACGAGUCGCCGCGGCGAAAUGGACGAAAAAAGCCGAGUACACGAUUUAUCGACUAUCGGACCCAAAUAAUGAAUGUGCGAAGAAUUGA